AUGGGCUCCAUGAAUUCAAAUAAUUGGCUCUCUUUUCCUCUUUCUCCCUCUCAUUCUUCCAUUCCAGCCCACCUACAAGCUGCUCAAUCUCAUCAGUUUUCGUUAGGGUUAGUGAACGAAAAUAUUCAUACUCCAUUUCCAGCCCAAGGUAAGCACAUUGAAUCUUUCAUUUUUCUACUGAAAAGUUCAGAUUUUGCUUGUGAGCUUUAUAUUAUGAGCCUGUCUGAUUAUGAGACUUACUGGUCGACGCCUGCAGAAUGGAAUUUGAUGAACAAUCAAGGACAUGAUGAAGUUCCAAAGGUUGCUGAUUUUCUCGGCAUCAGCAAAUCUGGAAACCAGUCAGAACUCGUAUCUUAUAACGAUAUCCAGUUGAAUGCCACGGAGUACUUAUUCUCAAACAGUCUCGUACCAGUGCAACAUACCACAAACUAUGAUCUUCAAGAUAAUCCUCAUAACAUGCAAUCUUUGACACUUUCUAUGGGUAGUGGUAAGGGGUCAACAAGUGAAACUAGUGCCAUUGUACCUGCACCUACCGCUGAUAACAGUAAUACUAGCGUUGUUGAAGCUACCCCUCGGAGGACUCUGGACACUUUUGGACAAAGAACUUCGAUUUAUCGAGGUGUAACAAGGCAUAGGUGGACAGGAAGGUAUGAAGCCCAUUUGUGGGACAAUAGUUGUAGAAGGGAAGGUCAAUCAAGGAAAGGUCGUCAAGGAGGGUAUGAUAAAGAAGAGAAAGCGGCAAGGGCAUAUGAUCUAGCUGCACUAAAAUACUGGGGAACAUCUACCACUACAAACUUUCCAAUGAGCAACUAUGAGAAAGAAGUUGAGGAGAUGAAACAUAUGACUAGACAAGAAUUUGUAGCCUCUAUCCGCAGGAAAAGUAGUGGAUUUUCCAGGGGAGCAUCAAUGUAUCGUGGGGUAACAAGGCAUCAUCAGCAUGGAAGAUGGCAAGCAAGAAUUGGAAGGGUUGCUGGAAACAAAGAUCUUUACUUGGGAACUUUCAGUACUGAGGAGGAAGCUGCAGAAGCAUAUGACAUUGCUGCAAUAAAGUUCAGAGGCCUUAACGCAGUUACAAACUUUGAUAUGAACCGUUAUGAUGUGAAGACCAUUCUUGAAAGCAACACUCUUCCAAUUGGAGGGGGGGCCGCGAAACGUCUAAAGGAAGCUCAAGCAAUCGAAUCUUCAAGAAAACGGGAAGAAAUGAUGACUUUAGGCUCAAACAUUCAGUAUGGAAGCUCAAGCUCAGGCCCUCUGCACACUAAUUUCCCACUAAUUCAGCAACCAUUUGACAAUUCACAGCCUUUGCUAACUUUACAAAACCAGGAUUUGUCCCCAUACAAUCAAGAAUCCCACUACCAAAGCUACAUCCAAACACAACUCCAGUUGCACCAGCAAACAACUUCUUACAAUAUGCACCAGAAUAAUCACUUAUACAACAAUUAUUUUCAAAAUAAUCCGGUUUUACUCCACGGGUUGAUGAACAUGGGAACAACGUCUUCGAUUAUAGACAACAAUGGGAGAUCAAGUACUGGAAGUUACAGUGGAGGAUACAUUAUAAAUGGGAUUGAAAUGGGUUCAAAUAACUCCAUUUCUGCAGGAGGAGGUUCAGCUGAAGAACUUGCAAUGGUUAAAGUUGAUUAUGAUAUGCCUUCUGCUACUACUUACACUGGAUGGUCAGGAGAUUCUGCGGAUCAAGAUUCAAAUCCGUCUGUUUUUACAAUGUGGAAUGAUUGA